AUGGAAUUUCCAACACUUGGAGAGCACUGCCAAAACGAAGAUUGUAAACAAAAAGACUUUUUGCCUCUACAAUGCAAAUGCGGCAAAGUGUUUUGUCGAGAACAUUUUGGUGAUCAUUGCACUUCUGGAUUCUGUGAAAUGACACCAAAAUCAAAAGAUAUAUGUCUAAAAAGUGACGAUAAGAUAUUUCGAUGCUCGGAGGAAGGCUGUAAGAAAGGAAACUUACACGAACUUUUGUGCAGCAAGUGCAAUAAGCAUUAUUGCAUUGAACAUAGAUUUCAUCUAUCUUGUCCUGAAAUAGACGAUGAAACAAUGGCUAGAAAAAUAGAACAAUAUGAAGCACCUAGACGACAAUUUCAUGAAGCUAAUAAACAUUUGCAGCAGAAGAUAACAGAAAACAUACGAAAGGCUCUGCAAUCAUCAACAAAAGUGAAGACUGCAUCUAAAAUUCAUCUUAUGAGGAUUAAACAAAAGGCCCUAGGUCCAAAAUCUAUACCCGCUUCAGAUAGAGUUUAUUUUGCUAUAAGGAAACCAAUAAACAUGGAGCCAAAACCUGUUAGAAUUAUAACAGAUGAAGAAAAUGUGGUACAAAUUGAAUCUGUGACUUUAGACCCUGAUUUAAAAGACACAGUCCCAAUAUUUAUUAGUUCUAAGUGGAGUCUUGGUAGAGUAUUAGACAGUAUAUGUGAUACAUGUAAUUUAAAAAAUGAUAACAACAAGUUUGGAGAUGCAAAACUUAGGCUUUUUAGACAACUGGACGGAUACUGUGUUAGUCCGUCAAAAAUGGAUGUAGAAAUGGCUGAUUUAAUAAAGAACGAAAUUUUAUUAGAAGGUGAUAAAUUAGUUGUGGAGUAUAUUAGCAAUGAUGUAUUAAGUAAGUUAGAUGAAUAUUCUCAAUUGUUUUUGUUAAUUCAAUAA